AUGCAGACACCAGGACAGAAACUUCCUUCACCUCUCCCUCCCCAGUCCAGCCAGCCUAAUUUCCUUCAAUUGCCAGCUCAGCAAGCGGCACCUAAGCAGCCGUCUCAUCACCCGCAGCACAGUCAGACAUUGCCAACUCCUGCAAAUGAUUCAAUUGCAUACUUAUAUACCCCUUCUUCCAACGCCACAGCUCCGCAUCUUGUCCAGCCCGUGCUGGGGCAGGGCUACACACCAUCCACACCAACACCUGCAGGAUCAGCUGGAGCGUGGCUUGCACAGGAGCCACAACCUACCUACGGCAUGCCGAUGUAUGGAUCGCCACAACCCGGAAUGCCGUAUCAGCCACCUCGGCCUCUUCAGCAGCAGCAGCAAGCGGGAUUCCAGGCCGGGACAAGCGUACCAGAGAAGAGGGGAAGCGGCUUCUUCUCGAAAACUCUCAAUAAUUCAGCAGUGAAGAAGACGGCUUUAACCUUUGGAAGCGCCUUUGUCGCGGAAAGCCUCAACAUCUCGGGCGCGACAGGUGCAAAGCUCGGUGCCAGCAUGUAUGACCAGUACAAAAAGCAACAGGCGGCCCAGCAAGCUCAGCAGUCUGCUCAGCAGCAAGCUCACCUGUUUUCUCAGCAAUUCACGCAACAUCAAGGCACCCAAAAUCCACCUCUGCAUACAUUACAGACGGCACUGGGACAGUUGCAGCACGGAAUACCGGCGACGAGUAGCCCCGUGUCCGCAUUCGUGACUACGCCAGCGAUAAGCCCCGUUGGCUUUGCUCCAGGCCAACCGUCACAAGCGCAGUACCAGCAGCAUCUGCCACAGCAACGUCCACCGUCAAACCAUGGUUUCUCGGCACCGCCCGGAAGCGCGGCCCAGAUUACAGUCCAUCCGUCGGGCUACACUAUGAUCCUGCUCAAGGGCAGCAUCAACGGCCACCUGGCCAACAAUAUGCUAGCAUACCGCAGACCGGACCAGUCUCGGCGUCUGACUUCGGGGCAGCAACAGCAACCUGGACUAUCUAAUUAUUUUUCCUCCCCCGGCCAACCGGGUCAACAGCAACAGCAACAGCCCGGACUGAUUGACUGGAUUUCCUGGGCCGGUCAACCAGGCCAGCCGAACCAGCCGAAUCAGCCAAACCAGGUCUAUGAACCUGGUUUCAAACAGUCUGACCUUACACAGCAGGACAACACCCAGGUGGAUAUCACCCAAGUGGAUUUCACGCAGGUCGAUAUCAUACAGCCAGACGGCACGCAAGUAGACGCCACGCAGAUGGACUUCACGCAAGUAGGUUAUUCGCAGAAUGCUAUGGGUUUCGAUACUUCCGACAUGGUCAGUAUCGAUACUGUCAGUGUUGACACGAUGUCCGUUACCGACACAAGCGGCUGGACAGACUCGGUCAACUAUUCGGGAGACGAUUGGGGUGGUGACGACAGCUUUGCUUAUUGA